AGGGUGGGGUUUCAAGGGUGAGCAUUUUAUCCACUGUGUCUGCAUCCAUGCUCAUACGGAAUUGAAAUGGCGGAGACGACGGACCGAAUGGAGAUUUCUCAGGGAGAGAGCUCUGCCAAGCCUGCGGCAGAAGACAUGACUUCCAAGGACUAUUACUUUGACUCAUAUGCCCACUUCGGCAUUCAUGAGGAGAUGCUAAAGGAUGAAGUGCGCACACUUACCUACCGAAACUCCAUGUUCCACAACAAGCAUCUGUUCAAGGACAAGGUUGUUUUGGAUGUGGGCAGUGGGACAGGCAUUCUUUGCAUGUUCGCUGCCAAAGCGGGCGCCAAGAAAGUCAUAGGAAUUGAGUGCAGCAGUAUCUCUGACUAUGCUGUGAAGAUCGUCAAGGCCAACAAAAUGGACCACAUUGUGACCAUUAUCAAGGGUAAGGUGGAGGAGGUGGACCUUCCUGUUGAAGGAGUGGACAUCAUCAUCUCUGAGUGGAUGGGCUACUGCCUCUUUUACGAGUCCAUGCUCAACACAGUCAUCUACGCCAGGGACAAAUGGCUGAAACCAGAGGGCCUGAUUUUCCCAGACAGGGCUACCCUUUACGUCACAGCAAUCGAGGACAGGCAGUACAAGGACUACAAAAUCCACUGUGAGAAUUCCUCUAAAUUUUGGGGGUGGGAGAAUGUAUAUGGCUUUGAUAUGUCCUGCAUCAAAGAGGUUGCCAUCAAGGAACCUCUUGUGGAUGUGGUGGAUCCCAAACAGCUGGUCAGCAGCGCCUGCCUCAUCAAGGAGGUAGACAUCUACACAGUGAAAAUUGAUGACCUGUCGUUCACCUCGCCCUUCUGCCUGCAAGUGAAGAGGAAUGACUACAUCCAUGCCCUCGUUACCUACUUCAACAUCGAGUUCACGCGCUGCCACAAGAGGACAGGCUUCUCCACCAGUCCAGAGUCCCCAUAUACGCACUGGAAGCAGACUGUGUUCUACCUGGAUGACUAUUUGACUGUGAAGACUGGAGAGGAGAUUUUUGGCAAUAUUAACAUGAAGCCCAAUUCCAAGAACAACAGAGACCUGGACUUCACUGUUGACAUCGACUUCAAGGGUCAGCUCUGUGAGGUGUCCAAGACCUCAGAGUAUAGGAUGCGUUAAUGCCCCCCCCAUCCUAGUUUGUUUGUGGAAGGGAGUGCUGAAGGGAGAUCAGGGGUGUGUUCAUUCCAGCAGAUGUUUUAAUAGCAAAGCAUUUCCUCAACUAGAGCAGAGUCUAUUUGAUAAGGUUUCUCAAACUAUUUGGUGGAAUGAGCACACCCCAGGGGUCAGUGUCUGUCAAAUCACUUCUCAUUCUCCAUAACUUGUGAUUAGUACUCGUAAGCAAUGUUUUCAAGGAUUGUUUUGCUUUCGUGUAUUGUUAGAUUUUGCGAGGAAAAGAAGCUAGGUUUUACAAACUGAAGGGCCAAAGUGAAAAGACAUGGCCACUCAUUGUGCAAUAGCCAUUAAAAUGGUGUUUGUUUUUACGUGUGCUCAUGUUUUACGUUUAGCGCCUUAAGCUUGUGCAUGUGGCUGUAGCCUGUGCUCAACCUCAACGCGCACAAACACAGACCCCUCUCACCUCCCUGUACAUAGUGUCCUCAUUCAGUCACUUUGGCCUGUUAUGCAGUCAUGGAUCUUGAUGACAUGGCAGAACCGUCCCCUUCUACCCCUUUCAUUAUCUUAUUUUUUAAGAAGCGCCUCCUAUGACUGGUUUCUCUCCAUCCUCCGCCGGCCAAUUCAAUUGCCUUGUCGAGGGGAGUUGUAAAUCCGCCAUUGGUGUAUUUUGAAAUUUCCGUAUUUGAGGAAAUCCUCUUCAGAGUGAAGUUGGAUCCCUGUUUCAUGACGAGCUGACUGGUCCCAAGGAUCCUCUUGAUUGGGUGUCUCUGUACCGUUGACUCAGCCUGUCAUGACUGACUAAGAAUUGCUCUCCAGAACGUGGUGACUUAGUCUUAUUACACUGUUCAGCGUUUCCUCCAGAUGAUUCUCUACAUAACCACAAACUCCCUGUUUUAGCCAUCUGAAUUAGAGCUUAAUCUGGAACCCCUUAAGAAAUGCAAAGGAUUAAGUGGUUUUUGAGUUGAGCACCGUAUUCCAUGGUGUUGGAGAUUGGUGUUUUUUUCUUUUUGGGACCUCACCAGUCCCA